CGUAGGAGGACGAGGAAUAACUGUCCCAAGCACUGAAUUAUCCUAAAGAUGACGGGCUCAGUAGAUGGCUACCCAGUACCUACUACUAAAUCUACAGCUAGUCUCCUAACUUCGUCGGCAUGGACGUAAAUCAAACGAUACCCAACUAAGCUCACUAAUAACAGUAUGUCGUCAAGCGUAUUGAUUUUUGCAUGCUCUGAUGACAUGCUGAGAUGUCUCAGUGACAAUGUGGGUUGCAUGGACUUCGCAUACUGCUCCAAAUAGGAGCCUGGCAUCCAGACAACAGUCUGAUGUUAAAAGUGACUGGAUAUUCUACUAAACGUUGGAGCAGAUUCGAUGUCAACGACUCCUCUACAAGCUGUGCCUUGUCAACCACCGAUUCAAUACCGAGUUCUCAAACUGUUUAUAUCGUCAUGUUCAUAUCCGCAGCGACAGGGAGUUGAAGGGUCUCCUCGGCAAUCCACAUCUCACGCGCAUCAGAAGAUUGACCAUCACACCAGGUGGGCAGCACUGGAGCAUCGCAAAUGCAGUCAACGAGCUUGUUCAACAACUGCUAGUGGAGACACGAAAUUUAGAAGCGUUCAGGUGGAUCGUCAUGGCACUAGCUACUCGAACAGUCCAGUUACUUCAACAGUCUUCCAAGAAACUGAAAUCGCUACAUGUUGAAUACCCAGAAGCAAUAGAAGAAAGUCUUCUUGGGUUUGCCCUUGCUGAUGAAGAAGACCAGGAUGACAACGAGAGCCAAGAAGCACGAAGAUUGUUCAGAGUUCAAGACUUCUCGGCAUUUGCAAAUCUGGAGGAAGUAACGUUCAAUAAUAUUUAUGACGACCUCUUUGAGUGGAGAAGAAUGUUGGUGAAGAUUCUCAAAAGCUCACCUCGACUCCGGAAGCUCGGUCUCUCUAUCUCGAAUGAGACCAUUGCUCGAGCCUAUCACCACGACAAUUCUGAAUCAUAUAUCGACUUCUUCGACAACCUUUGCGACGAGUAUGGUGCAUCUGGAGCCCCACCACUUCAACUCCAAAUUCUUAGAUGUGGCUAUGCCAUGUAUCCGCAGAAUGUGGCCUCUUUUCAGAAGCUCACCGAUCUCUCUCACUUGGAAGUGGUGCAUGUAGAAAAUGCGUGCCUACAGCGGGAGAUGGUCUACCUGUUCCUAUACGAGGAAGAUGAGAAUAGCGGUAUUGUCUUCGAUACAUUCCUCUCGCCUGCCUGCUGCAAUUUGCGUCGUUUCACAGCCUAUCAGCUACGAGGAGAUGUUUUUAAAGCGCUAUGCCACAAUACUGAUGCGAAUUGGACGCGCCAGCUUGCAAUUUCUUUUGAAAAUCCUGAGGCGGGAGACUAUGAAAUGGCUCAGAUCCUCACUCCGCACCGGGAAUACUCAGGCUUGCCAUUGCAAGUGAGAAUGAUGGAUCUCGAUCUUAAGGGGAGCGAUGAGGAUGAAACAUUGGAUAUCCUAGAUAACUUGGUGUCUGCCAAUUCUGAAAAUUUAGAAGGUCUUGCAGUGCACCUACCCAGACAUCCAACUAGGAAUGAUAGCUUUGGCCACAUGGACCUGCUCCAGGACGUGGCCCAAAAACUACCAAACUUGACACAGAUCGUCAUCAACCUACAAUCAACUAGUCCCGGCAGAGAUAACAUCCCAGACCAGCUGCACAAAAUUGAGGCCGAGAAGAUGGCGAACGCGGUCCCUCAACUGCAGUUCAUAUGUAUAUGCCGGAAUUUCUGGCGCAUAUGUCGACGUCUGAAUGGCGAAGGCAAAAUGUUGGUUAUUUUGGAAUCGCUGGAUGAGUGGGAGAGGGAAGAUGUCGAGCUUUUCCAGCACACAAUAUUCAAGGUUUGGUAGAGUCAACCCCCCCAAUCUUGGUAUCCAUGGGCCAGGAGCGUAAUAGUAGUGAUGUCCGACGGUGAGGAGAAGGACGUGGUUGGAUCGCGCUAUGGAUUUGAAAGCUGAGUGAGUGUUGGCUUCGUGUUACACGGUGAGAUUUGACUCUCAUAUCGAUUUUCCAAAUAAGAGGUACAUGGCAACAGUGAAACGUCCAAAUUGGACGUUAGGGUUGGAUGUUGAUGAAUAAUGAUUGACCAGUUUUGAGCGAAGAAAACAUUGAGGAUGGUCUCUAGAAUCACCAUCUGCGUUGGUCCGCACGUGCUACUCUUAAUCUUUGGCUUUAGGGCAACAAUACAAGCCAUAUAUAAGUAUAAUUAAGUAGCAACACUUGUACUGUACGAAUCUACCUAGGAUUAAUCAAGAGCUUCG